AUGCAAAUUUCUAAGGGCGGGGGUGGCGAGCGGUUCGUGUCUAUUCCAUUAGAUUACGGGCUAGCGAUCUUGCACAGCUGCAUGAAACCCACUCCCCCCUUCACACUAAUCGUCCACCGAUCCACAUUGAGUGCUGUCACUGUCGAUUUAAUGUUCCAUCUCUAUGGCCAUCUGAGCCUAGCCGGCCAUAGGGAAUACGGGGAGAAGGGAAGAGUGGGCUCGAUGAGUAAAAAUGCUUUUAGCAGCUGCCAUCCUGCCCUCGUGGCCUUUGCCUCGCUCGAGGACGUGAAAGGCCUCUCUUUCACGUGUCAAUUACAAGUGCCCGUUUCGAGUCUUUUCUCCUCCGUGGACAUAACUUUCUCAUCGAACUGUGGGUAUAGAGCUGAACCACUUUCUUUUUAA